GGGGUGGCUGGUCUGUUGGUGACAGGUGUGGCUGACGGUCCGCAGGCAGUCAGCCUGCAGGGCCUGGCCAAGGCAACAUGAGCUGUCGGACGUCUGUAGAAACACCACCAUCUCCUUCUCUUCAGUUGCUCCGUGAAAUCAGUGCCCGGUGCACCUGGUUGACGAGUCGACCCUUUUUCUCCGCACUGGCAUGCGUUCCGUAUUCGCUCUUCUCUUCCUCGCUCUCGGCGCUUGGACGUCCCCACUCAGCGCCGACAAGUCUGGAAAGAAGAGCUUCAUUGCCAAGAUCAGACGUUCCUCAGGUCAGCCGCCUCCAAACCCGGGCGACACCGACCGCGUCUUUGACCCUACGUACGCGGCCGAUGAACUCAAGGCCGUCCUCGCCAAGUACUCCCAAGCCGCUCAGUUCCUCUCCGGCAUCGGCCUCAACCCGGACACGCACCCCGAGAAAGGCUAUCAGCCCUUCACUCGUCCCUUCAUCGGCCUCCUCAACUCCACCGCGAACAAUGCCACCACAUACAACGCCACAGCAGCGCACAACUCGAGCAAGCUGCCCGUGUCGGCAGAGCAGCAGCCCUGGGUCGGCUGGGCUGCCUCGGAGAAGACCUCCGCAGGUCUGGUGACCGUGCCCGGGACGGCGCAGCUCGGGUUGACGGACGACGCCGAGGGAGGGUUGGACAUUCUAUAUUAUGGCCCGUUGGGAUUUGGCUCCCAGCAGCAGGAGCUGACGGUCGAUAUCGAUACGGGCUCGGCAGACCUCUGGGUGCCUGUAGACUGUCAAGAAUGCGCGGGAAACUCCUUCCAACGUGAACACAGCUCGUCAUACAGGAACCUGGGGCAGAAGUUCUCUGUCACUUACGGCACUGGUCACGUCUCUGGAACGAUAGCCCAAGACAUCGUCACUGUGGGCGGACUCUCAGUUGCCCAGCAGGCCUUCGGUGCCGUGCGCAGCCAAUCGGCAGACUUCUAUGAUCAACCAUCCGAUGGGCUGCUCGGCCUGGCAUUCGGAAGCAUCGCACGAUCGAAGCAGCCCACGUUCUUCGAGAAUCUCAUGCUCUCGAAACAACUCGCAGCCGGUGCGUUCUCGGUGCAUUUGGAACGUGAGCAGACGUCCGGAUCGGAGGUUUGUUUCGGAUGCUUCGACACUACGAAAGCGAUAGGUCCUAUCAUCUGGAAUUCAGUCAUUUCACGGACGUACUGGUCGAUUCUGCUUGACGGCCUCUCCUCCGAUGCUUCCCAUUCUGUGCCUGCUAAUCUGACCGCAGCUAUCGACACAGGAACGACGCUCAUCUAUUUACCGGACAAGGUUGCGAAGAGCUUCUAUGCGCUGAUCCCUGGCUCACAACCUGCCAUGCAAUACGGCGCCGGUUUCUAUACCUUCCCAUGUUCGGCCCCACUGGCCGUCGGUCUUUCCUUCAACGGACAGCCCUACCGGAUGGACAUGGUCGACUUUAAUCUCGGACGCACCGCGGAAGAUUCCCCAGACUGUGUCGGAGGCAUCCUGUCACUUGGGAAGGGCUUUCCGGCAAACUUGGCUAUCAUUGGUGACGAAUUCCUAAAGUCCUGGUACUCGAUCUACGACUACCCAGGAAGCCGAGUUGGGUUCGCCCCGAGCAUCAAUAACCGCUGAAUGAGGUUUAUCCUAGCAUAUUUUGAUCAUGAUAAGAAGACAGCCAUGCAUAAUAGAACAGGUCUUGGUCCAAUCCCGUACAUCAUGAUUU